AUGAAACUAAGAGGGCCACAGCCGAAGCCCGGCGACUGCCGGCGGAGGCUAGGCAUGGGGAUGAACCGUGAAUCGGGUAGGGACCGUCUUAGUAGGAACUAUAUCGAUUUCACCCCCUUCCCUCCUGCUACCACUCCUAGCCCUCUCUUCCUUUUGCCUCAGCCGCUCCGCAACCUCCACAUGACCCCGAAAACUGGCAACCUGCCUUGGAGUCCACCUCUUAUUUCCCGCCGUCUGGAACACAUCCGCACCACUACCCAAUAA